AAAAAAAUAAAAACUAUACACGUGUUUCACUAACAAAAAUAUUGUGUGAUUUUACAAAUAAAAAUUUUAUUAUUUAUUUUUUUUAAAACAAAUUUAAUUUAAUUGUAAUUUAGUGUAACAACUAUUUGCUGCAAUACAGACAGUCAGACAUAGACACACACACACAAUGGUUUCGAUAAUGGACACACUCGGUAUCACCGAACUGACCAAAAUGAACAAACGACAGUUGCUAUACCAGGCCCUCAACUUCGGUAUGAUAGUGGCCACUGCCCUAAUGAUAUGGAAAGGCCUGAUCGUAAUGACCGGCAGCGAGUCGCCCAUUGUUGUAGUGCUCAGUGGUAGUAUGGAGCCGGCCUUCUACCGUGGCGAUCUACUAUUUCUGACCAACAAUCGCGAAGAUCCCAUACGUGUCGGCGAUAUUGUCGUAUUCAAGAUCAAAGACCGGGAGAUACCUAUUGUUCAUCGGGUUCUCAAUUUGCACGAAAAAGCCGACGGAUCCAUCAAAGUGUUGACCAAAGGCGACAACAAUCAGGCCCACGACCGGGGCCUCUACGCUCCCGGUCAGCACUGGCUCGAACACAAAGAUAUCAUCGGCAGAGCCAAAGGAUACUGUCCAUACGUUGGCUACGUUACGAUACUGAUGAAUGAUUAUCCGAAACUCAAGUAUGCUGUCCUAGGAUGUCUUGGAUUGUUUGUUUUGGUGCACAGGGAGGGAUAGUUGUAGCGGUGGUAAUAAUGAUGAUGAUGUGGCGCUUAUGUGGUUUGGCUAACAAAAAUCAGCCAACAGUUUGCAACAAUCACUCUCUCUCUCUCUCUCUAUACUUGUUAACUGAAAACUAAAUUAAUUAAUUUUAUUUAAUUUAUUAUAAUUUUUAUUUGUUAUAUAUAUCGUAAGUUUUAUUUUCCGGGUGAUCACUAUAUAUAGAUAUCACUAUAUAAGUGAAUCAAAUUUGAUUGUAUUGUAAUUUUUUUUAAUCCCCCAAACCGUUUAACCCCCCCAAACAAAACACAAAGUCAUUCCUCUCACUAUAUAUUGUCUAUACUUUUCCAUUAAAAAUAAAUAUAUAUAUAUAUAUAAUAUUACCGUA